AUGACCGGAGCACGGCCGUGCCAGAAGGUUUGGAAGGUCCAGGGAGUGACGUUGUUCUGCCUGUUCCUGUUCCUGUUCCUGUGCUGUGAUGGUCUGCUUGUUGAGCGGAUGCGUGGAGGGUUGGCAAGAGUAGCUGGUUCCAAGGCUCCGAAGCCGACAGCAGAAGCACGCAGGGUGUUGAGAGGCAGGACGGAGAUCGUCGUCACGAAGCGCAAGCAGGGGAUGAAGAGAGGAAGGGUCAAGAGCAAACCGACGCAGAGUUCGAUCCUCCUUGACAUGAACUCCUCGGCAAGCGACGAGAUGGACUUGUCAGCCGCCGCCAUGCCGAGCUUGAACGUCGCCUCCGACAGUUUGUGGUCCAACGGCAGGGAAGAUGGUGCCGCCCACGAGGACGCUGAAGCUCUGCUGGACGAGUUCGAUCACAUGCAGGCAGCCAUGCUCAACGAGUCAGUGAAGCGCCGCGUGGCGGCAAAGAGCAGCCGACCGGCUCGGCCUUCCGGCUCCCCACUGCGCGAGGCUCGUGCGCAAAGCAGGCGAUCACCGCAGAAGAGGAACGCGCCGACGAGGAGCAAGCUGUCAGCGGCAGAGGCUCAAGUGCUGGAUCAGAUCUGCGGCAACAACUCGGGUCUGGUCGAGACCAACUCAACUCUCUUCUUCGGGCUUGCGCUGACGCUUCACCGCAAGUUCAACGAUCAUCUCAGGUAUGUCCACUGCGAAUCAGUGCAGAGGGCAGAGCGCUUCUAUAUCAAGUCCAUCUCCUUGAAUCAGAGCGAUCCUACCGUCUUCUACUGGUGGUCCAAGUGCCUUCUCGAGCAGUACGAGAGCAGCGCCAACGCCACCAAGUUGUCUCUAGCGAUGCAUGCGGUCAAGAGGGGCCUCGAGAAGUUUCCCAGCCACGUGGACCUGCUGGUUCUCCUGGCAGAGAUGCACAUCCGACACUUCCAAGGGAAGAGGCCUGGGACCGGGGCAGAGCCAUGGGAGGAUGCGGUGCUGCGGUGA